GUAUGUGUGUGUAUGAAGUGUGCACGUGUGUGUAUGUGUGUGUGUAAAUACAAGUGGGUACAGUGUUGUCGGGAAGACUCUUUCGCAGUACAGUCUCGAGGCCAACAAGCUCGGGCUGGAGGGUUUGUUUCGGUGGCAAUGCGAUACGACGAUGCUUGUGAUGUGUGGUGUUUUAAAAAACAACGCAAAUAAGACCGUGUGGAAGGAUUAUGCAUGUGUUUAAACGAUGGGCUGUGUUGUAUUAUGCACCGUGUACAGUGCUAUAAAGUAUACUGCACAGUACUGUGUUGCUAUAGGCACACUGCAUACAGUGCUGGAACUACUAUAAAUACCACGGGAACAUUGAAUUAUUUUAAUCUGGCGGAGCAGCAAAACAAACUACUGUACAGUAUAAUCAGAAUACUUAAUAUGUAGUUCAACACAGGCCUUAUGUAGUGCAUAACAGUGUUUAACUUUUAUCGCAAUCCUUCACCUUUAGAAUGUUUCCAAACGCAUUCCAACAUUGCAUUGGCUAAUGCACUUAUCCUAAUGCAUGCUUGCGUUACCAUCCCUUUAAACAUCUCGCUAUCGGUGUACCGUAUACAGCGGUAUAUUCGUAGAUAAUGUACAGCAAUUAUGCAUGUUUAUAUCCUGUGGCUAUUCUAACGGUGGUCGGAGGGAGAGCCCUGUGUGCCUUGCGAUUGUGUAAGUCAGCUUUAAUCAUAGCCGCCGCUCCCUCGCCACGUGAAUCUUCUUCGCUUUCCAAUGGCUGAGCCUGCAGGGAUUGAUCGUGGCAACAGCGUGGUGGUUGCUGUACUCGGUUGGAAGCCCACUUGCGUUGGUCCCUCGGCUCACUCUUAUCUGUUCUCAUUUAAUCUAAGGCUUCCCAGUUUUAUCUGUCGUCUCUUUUUCGUAUUAUCAUCCCGGCCGCUGCAGUCGUGUGCAGCAGUUGUGAAUGCCUUUUGUGUGAUAGUGUGUGUCGUAAUAACAGGGGCUUGCUUGUCUAUUGCACAGAAUGCCACUGAUAUGUUGAAUAUUUCCCGUUUUUUAAGAUAGUCUCUCUUUCACUGUAAUCGCAACCUGAUUCUUUUGUGUCUGAAAUAUUACAGUACGGUAUCUAAGACUGCUAUUUAAUGGUAACAAUUGAGGGCAUUUAAUGUUUAUUAAACAUACUUUUGCAUUUAAGCCUCGUUUUAUGCUUCAGUUUGUAUUUUUUUGGUUAAAACCCGAUUAAAAAAAAUAUUUUUUACUAAAAUCACCUCUGAAUGUAUUCAUGUAGUUAGUUAUAUGGCGUGCAACCAUAUAAAUAUGCCCUUGAUAUUUGAAAGUAAGGGGAGAGGGUAGUACUGCACGAUAAGGCUUCUCAUUUCACAAUGAAUAUAUUUUGAUAACGGGCCGGGAUAAUUUAAAACUAGAUUUAAAUAACUGGGUGAAGUAUAUUACAAUUUUUAUUAUUACCCAGUAAAGCCCCACUGAGUCUUAGUGAUCUUUUUCAGGAGGAUUCUGCAUUGGGAUGUAUGGCCAAUUUCCAGUGUUUGGGAUGUGAGAGUAAACCAGAGUGUUUCUUGAGAAAAUCCUUGUAUAGAAGGGGAUAACAUUCAAAUGCUCUGCACAGAUGAGUUCCAGAAUCCAUUUGCAGCCUACCAUCACCUAUCAAUUUCGCAGUUCAAAGCCACAGCAACUCGGACACUCUCUCAUCCAAGAACUAACAAGGCUGAAUCCUGCUUUUGAAAUCUGAUAAGAUGGGGUGACUCAGUGUGGUUUGUUCGUAGACAUAUAUUGCAGAGUUUUCAAAGUUGUGGCUGAAAUAAAAAAAAUAACAAGUCUGAUACAUUAUGCAUGCAAAAGUCGUGCAGAGCAUUGCAAACACAAAAUUAGUCAAGUCUUGGUUAUCUUGUUUAAAAAAAUGGGAUUUCAUUACACCAAGUAAAUAUGAGUUUGAAUUUUCUGCAAUAUUACAUUCAGUAGACCUUAUAAAUAAGAUGUAAGGCACAAUUUACUACAGGUUCUACUUUUAGGGAAUUUGAAAUUCUGACAUUAACAAUUUGUGUUGGGUGAUUGUUUUAUUGCCUCAGACAUUUGCACAGAAACAGUCUAUGAAUGCAGCAUGAAGGUAGAAUUGACCAUGGGUACACAUUAUACUUCUGAUCAACUGACUCGCUAGAUAACAGGUUCAAUGUUAUCGGCAGCAUUGCAGACGAUAUAUGAAUGUGUCCAUUUCACAAGGUUGCUGCCUACUCUGUUUCAUUCCACUGUCUCGUCGACUAAAGGCAAACACUAUGCAUCUUGCAUGAAAUGUUUACCUUUUUCCAGAAAGAAAACAUACCUUCUAUUAUAAAUACAUGUGUUGUUCCAAGGUCUGUAAAACUGCUUGGUCAUAGAAAGCAAUGAGAUGAGAGUGAUUCGCAAUAAUUUUUUAAAAUGCAACUUAAAAUCUUGUUUCGUCAAGUACGAGUAGCUCGGGAUAAAAUGCCCUGUUAGCCACUGUCUAGCUACCACCGCUCUUUGUGGUCAUUCUUUUGGAAUUGGUUGCUAUUCUUAUUUCCCCGUUGAUUUCUGUUAUGUACAUUCAGGUCGUUGUCAUCAAUUUUCAGUGUGUCCCCUGAAAAGCAAAGUAUGCUCAAGAGCCAAGCUAGACAGUUUCCAGGUUUUAAUCACAGUGGCUGGUGUAAAACAUUCAGGUUUUUUUGCUGUCUGUAAAAAAACUGGUUUGCAAGACCUGGAAUUCAUUUAAGGCAUUCCCAUCUCUUUUCCCUUACAUUCCUGACCUGAAGCCAGUUGUGCUUUUUUCUGACCCAAACCUUGAACUUUGCUCAUGCACUCUCAGUUACUUUGAACAACACUGUGUAACAAAAAAAAAUGUUCCUAGUUAGUAAGUGUAAUUUCCUAAUUGCUUAUGUCUCAAAAGUACAGAUAAUUGUUAUUGUUCCCCGCAAACUUUGCUUUUGUGACCAGGACAGUGAUAUUUUGAAAUUUACCGAUUUUCAAUGAGAAAACGUGGUGUGCAUUUGUGUCUUUCAUUCACGUAAGUCCUGGUCACAAAAGCAAAGUUUGUGAGGAAUAAUGGCCAUUUUCUAUACUUUUUAGGCAUAAGCAAUAAAAAAAUAACACUUAGUACCCAGGAACAAAAAUUGUGUUACAUAGUGUAAUGUAUACUAAUUUGUCUUAAUCAUCAUCAGGAUUACCUGUCUACUGCUGGAUGAAGCAUCAUGUCAUCAUCAUCCUCAUGAUUCGUUUGUUUCUCGCCUCCCUUGACCCGAGGGUUGGCUGCGACGGACUAUCCUACACUACAGAGAACUUUCUUUGGCCUUCAACUUUGUGCCUUAACAAUGGAAGUUGAAGGGACCAAUGGACAUGCACAUCUUUCAGGGAGCGGAGCAUCGUCUCCAGAUAAAAGUUGUCUGGAAUCUGGCAUGGGGACUCAUGCCAGCGGUCCCAUCAGCCCCAGAUCAUCUCCAGGACAUGCCGUUCACGGAAGCUCGGUGAAAACAGAAGUUAUCAGCAGUGGUGGGGAAGAGGAGGAGGAAGAAGAAGUGGAGGGUGUGCAUGCGCAGGAUGAACUGACCAAUGGGAUGGAGGAUGCGGGCUGCCAUGAGGAUGGAAAGCCAGAUGGCUACGGGUCCAUGUUGGGCUGUGGCGCAUUAGAUGAAGGCAGCGAGGAGAGAGGGCACUUCGGGUCACCCGGGGAAACGAGACGAUUUUCAAGUGGCAAUGGCAGCAGCAAGUUGGCAUGCGAUGUGUGCGGCAUGGUGUGCAUUGGCCCCAAUGUUCUUAUGGUGCACAAGCGCAGCCACACUGGUGAGCGUCCUUUCCAGUGCAGCCAAUGUGGUGCCUCAUUUACACAAAAAGGGAACCUGCUGCGCCACAUCAAGCUUCAUACUGACGAGAAGCCGUUCAAGUGCCACUUGUGUAGCUAUGCCUGCCGUCGAAGAGAUGCUCUGAUGGGCCACCUUCGUACGCACUCAGUUGGAAAGCCAUACAAGUGCAGCCACUGUUCACGCUGCUAUAAGCAGCGCAGCUCACUAGAAGAACACCUGGAGCGUUGCCCUGCAUACCAGCAGCAGCUUUCUACCAGAAAUCAAGAAGCAGACGCAGACAUUAGGGUCCAUAUGGAUCAGCCGGUUGCUGACGGGUUACUGGAGGCUGGUUCAGACAGAAUACCCCUACCAGACCAGCUGCCAGGCAGCUUCCUGGCAAAACGCAAAAGCUCCACCCCACAGAAGCUCUUUAACCAGAAGCGUCAUAAUUUGGAUUUAUCUGAUAUUCGCUGUGAACAAAUGGUAAGCUCGGAUCAAAAUGAGGCACCUCAUUUUGUGGAACAAGCAAUGUCUACAUAUCUCGGAGUCAGGCCACUGUUGUCGCAGUCACCUUCACUGCAGCCUUUGGUCUUACACAGCAGUGAAAGCAAUCGCAUUCAGCCUCCAUCUCCAAGCCUCGCCAUCCCGAACCCUCCCAACUCAAUAGAAGACUAUGCACCAGUAAUUGGUGCCGUCUAUUCUCAUACAGCAGGCCAGCCAAGCCCUAGGAGCCAAGGAUCACCCCUUCCAGGGCAUGGGUUCCAGUCGUCCGGCAGACAGAAGGGCACAUCGGAGCAACGAUUGCCAAGAGACAGAGCAUCUCUGGGGUUUCACGGUAGAGCAACAGCAGCAGUGGCGUCUUCGCCCAGCAAUAGCUGCCCCGAUUCCACAGACACUGAGAGCAGCCACGACGAGAGAGGCCGACGUCUGUUCCAAGGCCGAGCUAAUUGCAGCGCAGGUCAGUCAAGAACCGGAAACUCCAGUGCCACGCAAGAUGCAGCAAGUACACCAGCGAGGGAAGAUGUGCCCCAGCUACAAGAAGGGGGAGGACAGCCAAGGCCACCUGCCUCGGAAGGAGGGUUGGCCUAUCGGGUAAUGGGGCCUGAUGGGGAAUACAUGAGGGCAUACAAUUGUCUGCACUGUCAGGUGAUCUUUCUUGACCACGUGAUGUACACUCUACACAUGGGCUGCCAUGGCUUCCGUGACCCUUUCGAGUGUAACGUGUGCGGCCACCGCAGUCGAGAUCGAUACGAGUUUUCUUCACACAUUAUCCGUGGAGAACAUAUUCGUACGAUUGAGUAAGCAAGAAUGGGAAAUUGCACUAAUAUGACAAAGUGUGCACCAAGGAAAGGGUCUGGGGAUUGCUCAAAGAGCAUGGUGAACCUGUUUACACAGGGAAUGGAGAAGUUAUUGCUUUCACCCUCAUGACAUUUAUUAAAAUGCAAAUUUUGGAUAGCUGCUUUGUUUUGAAAGACAUCUUAAGCACUUUGAAGCAGUUUCUAAUGGAUUUGAACUGAGAUAAUGUUUUUGUAAGAUUUAUGUGAACUUAUAUGGAUUGUAUUUGAAAACAAUGGUUUAGUUGAUAUAAUGAUCAAGAUUAAGAGUUUCAUGAAGCUUCAAUAGAAGAUGUACUUUUACGUUGCAAAUAUAGCCUAGUUUUUAAAGUGGUUAUUAAGUAAAAGAAAAAAAUACAGUAAAAUCAAAAUAUCCCAUUGUAUUUGUUACCAUUCUAAUAAUGAAACAUAGUAGACUAUGUAGCUUAAAGUGAGCCAAAUUUUGUGUUGUAUACAAAAAUACUUUUAAAUCCGAAGAAUGAAGUGAUUAUUGUUAUGCACAUCUUUGUGGACAAACCUUUGGAGCACAUUUUAAAACCUGUUUCAUUGAAAUUGUAUUCCUUGAUAUAUUGAGGUCAAAAUGUACUUCUACUAAACAUUUCGCCACUGUUUGGUUUCUAAAUAUUUCAGCAAUGACGUGGGGCUCCAUUUCUGCUUGUAAUCAUGUGCACAUUUUGUAUUCAAAUACUGUACUUUGAACCAUUAUUUUUCUGGUUGCUCUGACAAUGCUAAACUGUUAAGUUUAGCCACUGCAUAAAUGGUUUUGGUUUGCCACUAAAAUAUAAUACAGUACAUCCUGCUAAGAGUGAUCUAAAGCAUGGUGACCGUAAAAAAAAAAUCUUUAUUUUGAUUGUGAAAAUGGGGAUCAAACAUGCCAGUCAUAAACUACCAAAAUAUUGUGAUUGGAACUGUUGUAGUUGCUGACUGGCAACAGUUGGUGCUAUGACAUGAAUUAUUGACAUUUCUAUAAUGCCUUUGCUAACCUCUGCUGGCCUUUAAAUAUUGAGUAGUACCUUUCAGUGAAAUGGCUGCUUAGUAAAUCGCUAGCUUGCAUUUUUACUUGCAUGUCAACUAUUUCUGGGCUGUAAGACAGUGCUAUUGAAAAUUAAUGGUAAUAAAACUGCAAAAAUGCACUUUUUAGGUUCAGUAACUAAGUGUUUGUUUAUUAGUUGGCUAGUGAUAGCUGGCGCUUUGAAUGUUGAAUAGUUAUUUUUACAUAAAAAAGAUUUCUAAGUAAAAAUCAUCAGUUAUGUUUAAAAAAUGUUGAUGUAUCUACACACCUAUUUGGGAGUUAUAUUCUGGCAUAACAUUUGCAGCAAUGAUGGGGGUACUUUAGACUCGUUUUGUUGACCAAAAGUACUGUGUGAUUUGAAGGCACUUUAUGAUGUUUUGAACGUUUGAUGCAUUCUUAUGGAACAUUUCCCCUUUAAAAUAUUGAAGUCAAUACCGAAUGAAGGCUCUCUAUGUAUGUUGCAUACUGUAUUUCAAACUAUAUUGUGCUGGGAUUCUUGAUUGUAGGCCUGAACGUUUUUACAGUUGUAUUUUAAGUGAUGUAUUUAGUGAAGCUGAACGAAUGAUGGGGUUGUAUACGAUUGAUUUCUACAAUGCAAAAGGCUUUAGUAGAGACGUUGACUUAAGGCGUUUUGACGGUCUUUGCUUUCCCGCCAAACAUACUGCUCCAGUUCUCGCUGCUGUCGCUUGUUUUUAUUAUUGCAGAUUUUGGUUAUUUAUAGGAAACAUAUUUUUUCAAAAAAGGCUGAAAGUGUGGUCGACUAAUUAUGCUAAUAAACAAAUCAUUGAAAAAAACAUGUGAAAAUG